UGAGCGGGCAAAUAAUAGUAUAUUCUCCAUGUCCAUGUCCAACUCCCAUACUUGCUCCCAGUGCUCUCUGUUUCUCUGAUGGCGUUUUCUCUCUCCUUCUCAACUCACUACGUGUCGACAUCACGCCCAUCCAAUAAACCGCCAAUUAUAACUCCAUCUUUCACUUCGCCGUUACUUCUCCGGCGAAUUUCUCCGGCGACUGAACGUUUUCCGGCGAGAUUGAGUUCGAGCUUUUUAGGUGAAAAAUGUCGAAGAUACUUGUAUAGAGAAGGUGUUAUUGUUAGAGCUGAAGAUAAGGCGAGAAAUUCCUCUUCUUCACCGCAACUUCAGGAGCUUACACCAAAAUCAGGAGAAUGUGAUCCUUUAUGUUCAGUUGAUGAAACAAGCUCCGAAGAUUUAGAAGCCAAUUACCAGCCAAAGACUGACUUGCUGAAAGCUCUUGCUAUAUUUGCUGCUGCUUUGACUGGUGCAGCAGCGAUUAGCCAUUCCUGGGUUGCUGCUAACCAGGAUCUUGCUAUGGCAUUGCUAUUUGUACUCGGAUAUGCGGGGAUAAUAUUUGAGGAAUCUCUGGCCUUCAACAAGAGUGGAGUAGGAUUACUCAUGGCUGUCAGCUUGUGGGUCGUUAGAAGCAUAGGGGCUCCAUCUACCGAGGUAGCUAUGUCAGAGCUAGAGCAUGCCACUGCUGAAGUUAGUCAGAUUGUGUUCUUUCUACUAGGUGCAAUGACAAUUGUUGAAAUAGUUGAUGCUCAUCAAGGAUUUAAGCUUGUUACUGAGAAUAUAACGACGCGUAAACCGCGCACUCUCCUAUGGGUGGUUGGUUUCGUAACCUUUUUCCUGAGUGCGAUCCUUGACAACCUGACAUCUACAAUAGUCAUGGUUUCUUUGUUAAGGAAACUAGUUCCUCCAUCUGAGUACCGCAAGAUUCUGGGAGCUGUUGUUGUCAUAGCUGCAAAUGCUGGGGGUGCUUGGACUCCCAUAGGUGAUGUCACAACUACCAUGCUCUGGAUACAUGGUCAGAUAUCCACACUGCCAACCAUGAAGGACUUGAUUAUACCCUCUGCUGUCUCUUUGGCUGUUCCGCUGGCCCUUAUGUCACUUACAAGUGAAGUUAAUGGCAAAGGACCAGAAUCUUCCAGUGUCAUGGCGUCUGAGCAGAUGGCUCCUCGAGGACAGCUUGUUUUUGCAGUGGGUGUUGGUGCAUUGAUCUUUGUUCCUGUUUUCAAAGCCCUAACUGGUCUGCCUCCAUAUAUGGGUAUGCUUUUAGGACUUGGUGUUCUCUGGCUAUUAACAGAUGCCAUUCACUAUGGUGAAUCUGAAAGGCAGAGACUGAAAGUACCUCAAGCCUUGUCUCGAAUCGAUACUCAAGGGGCUCUUUUUUUCCUGGGGAUUCUUUUGUCUGUUAGCAGCUUGGAAGCGGCAGGAAUCCUUCGGGAGCUGGCAAAUUACCUCGAUGCCCAUAUACCAAAUAUUCAACUAAUUGCCAGUGCAAUAGGGGUUUUCUCAGCUAUAAUAGAUAAUGUUCCCCUUGUUGCAGCUACAAUGGGAAUGUAUGAUGUUUCUUCAUUUCCGAAAGACUCUGAAUUCUGGCAGUUGAUUACAUACUGUGCUGGUACUGGUGGUUCUAUGCUAAUCAUAGGAUCCGCUGCUGGAGUUGCCUUUAUGGGCAUGGAGAAGGUCGAUUUUGUCUGGUACUUGAGGAAGGUGAGUGGUUUUGCUUUUGCUGGUUAUGUAGCUGGCAUUGGAGCUUAUUUGGCAAUUCAUAACCUCAAUAUCUCCCUGCCUACUACACUUGCUCAUGUGCCUUUCCUGUCUGGCUGAUAUAUCCUGUGUCCAAUCCCUGAAAAUACAACACUACAUGUUGGAAGAACUUUGCCCCCAAUUGGGCUUUCUCGGCUCUAAUCCGCAUUGGUCGAAGACUAGUAGGCUCUGAAUCAUUGGGUGGUUAUCAACAAAAAAGAUAAAGAACAAAUAUAGUUUGGAACUUCUUGUCAUCUUGUGUUGAGAUUGAGAUUCAAUGCACUUGUGAAUAAUCAUAGGCACACAUAAUAAAAAAUGUCUAUUUUGUUUAAAACUUGUGUAAAUUUAGGUUCCAGGCUUAAGUUACCGUUCAUGUAUCUUUAUGUGGAAUUUCAAGUAUAUCAAGAGUUAGGUUGAUAGGAUAUAAAUUGUCCAGGAUAAAAAUAUAGUGCGCAGGGAUGUCGUCUAUUGGAAACACGAGGUGUUCGACUCUGUUCGUCGCUUUGUACUGUUAAUGCCAGCAAUAGGUUGGUGACAUUUUUAUUCUUGAUUGUAGAAUGUACUUUUUUUUUUUUGACAGUGCAAUGCCAUUAGACGUAUGCUUGUGCAAUUUGCAAACAUUAGUACAUUACUUCAUGAAGUCCUUGCAGACUGUUGUGCAUCUGAAUAUAAUAUACUUCAAUUUCUCUCUAAUACUUUAACCAAUCUUCGUAUAUGGGUUAGUUUCACCAAAUAAAAGGAAUAGUUACAUCAAUACUUCUUUACAACUCCACUACUUGUCAAAUUGCCCAAAUAUUACUCCCUUCUUAAUAGAGGUAAUCCAUAUAGGUCAAGUAUUAGAGAUGACGGGAGUACAGACUAGCAGCAAAUAUACAUGGCCUAAAGCCCUAAACUAAAGAACCAAACUAAGUUGACUGAAUUUUUGUCCCAUAGAGGGAACGUUUUUCUAAUUACUCUAUAGAGAUUGCAUUGCAUCUUUAUUCAUCUCAUGUUAGCUAGCUAUAUUUUAGCCAUAUAGAGUUUUUCCAACUGAAAUAUCUUGACCCAGACCAAGAAGCACAUUCAAAUGAAUUGUAACUGAACUUAAUCGGUCAAAAAAUAAAUUUGAGUUAAUUCCAGCUUUAUUUCCCCAAGUUUAUGAAUAGCUAUAAAGGCAAAAACAUGAAUUUCAAACAAAGGCAGAAAAUCUUGAGCCAUAUAUGCCAUUAUGUAGCUAUAAAUAUUCUGCAUACAACAGUAAAACCCAUAUAUUACAUUGAUUGAGAACUUACAACAGGAGCAGAGAAGCCACUCACCCUCCUGAACAUCAAAGAGAAAAGACUAAGAGUUCCCUCGCAGCAUAUGACAGCUACUAUAAGCCAAACUGUAAGCAUUACAGUAACUGAGUACUCAUUGGAUUUGCAAAGUAAUGUUGUUGAUGAACAAACUUGGGUUUUGUAGA